GCUAGUCGCUGGGCUGGACGGCAGGUCGCGGCUGUGCCCCGGUCUUGCUUGCAGCCCGCGCAGCGCCGGUGGCCGUUUGGACUCCUAAGAGCCAUGCAGAGGCUGGGGCUUCAGCGAGACUUGGAGGAAGCCGCUGCCCGGGAGCGACGGCGGCAGCGGGAGCUGCAGCGGCAGAGCCGCAUCUUCAACGCCCGACUCCGGACCAUAGGGGUUGAUAAAGAUGCAUUGGAUAGGCAGGUCAAGGAGAAAAAAGUUGAAGCAGCAGCUGAAAAAGCACGGAAUGAAGAACUCGCUAAUGAAAGUAAGCAGCUGGACAAGCUGAUGUGCCUGUUGGAGGAGCAGCAGAAAAAGGAGAUCAGAAACAUAAAUAAGGCUGUCAGUGAAUUUCAGAAGAGCUUUCAGAAGCCCGAAACGAGGCGCGAGUUUGACCUGUCUGAUCCACAGGCCUUAAGGAAGGACAGACCUGCUCGACUUUCAGACAGUGAUCCUCGGUGUACUGUAUCUGGCCUGCAGAAGUUUAUGGGUGAAGAUUUGAACUAUGAGCAGAGGGUGAAAUUUCAAAAGGAGCAGCUGAGGGAGUGGUCUCUUCAGCAGCAGCGAGACUGGAAGAACGCCUUGGCUGAUCAAAAACUUGCAGAUUAUCUUUAUGACAAGAACAGGAUUGAACUUGACCAAAAGACUAUGGAGCAACAGCGUAAAGAAGAAGAAAGCAGGCGUGCUGUUUGUGCAGCUAUUAAAGAUUUCAAUAGAACCCAGGCUUCUGAAAUGGCUGCAAGAAUGGAUUUGGAAAAGCAACAAAAAACUAAAGAUGACAUGGAUGAAAUUUCAAACCUUCUUCGAGGAGACUUGCUCUCUGAAAACCCUGAGCAAGCAGUGAGUUCCUUUGGGAGACACCGUGUGAUCCCAGACAGGUGGAAGGGAAUGAGCCGGGACCAGCUGCUGGCCAUCCGGGACUGCCAGCAGCAGCAAGUUCUGCAGAACCUGAGACUAAAAGAGGAAGAACACCAAAGAGAUGCUGAGUGGGACAGGCAGUGCCUACAGGCUGCAAGAGCAGAGCUGCUGUUAGAGCGACAGCAGCAGCGACGGAGCCGGGAGUGCCGCCGAGCUUUAGACAGCAUCAACGCAGAGCUGUCUCGGGAGCAGAGAGCAAAGAACACAUAUCUUAAAGAAGAGGAGUAUUCAAAUGUGCCCACAGAGCAGUACUAUGCCCAGUUCAAUACGACCAGCAGAUGACAUCCUGGAUAAAGCAACUCCAAAUAUGCAGAAGUAUGUAGACAUUAAACUGGUUUAGUUGAGCAAUCCUAUGUGUCAUUAUUUUUGGUUUAGUUUAUUUUUUACUCUGUCCCCUGUCCUUCUCAAACAGUGCACUCAAACUGAAGGGCAGCCUGCUAGGCCACAUCUGCUCUAGAAGAGGAAAGCACUGUAAUCAUUUAAAAAUGUGAUUGUUUGUCUGCAAAGUCCUCCUAGAUUCAGUAGGAGGCUGUCAGACUGUUGUGUCUCUGGCUUAACUAAUAUUUGCAUUAUCCAUGCCUUGAGAAAUGACACUCUGGAAAGGAAUCACAGCUUAAAACACAGUGCUGCUUUAUGCACCUUGCUCAGGGGAGAAUGCUGCCUGGCACAGCUCACAAGUGCUGUGCACUUGGGAGAUCCUAUGGGAAAGAAGAAGGGUGACCUAGACGGGAAACUUUGGGUUGGUUUGUUUGCAGUGUGUGUGUGUUUGUUUGUUUUGAAAGCAAACAAAGACCUGUUCAAGCAGUUCCGUUCACAUUCCUUCCAAGGGGACUCUUCUCAAACAAGUCUGUUUGCUCAGCUGAAAAUCACAGCCCUUUGGGAUCAGGCUGAUAUAUCUAGUUACCAUUUUGAACCAGGAGUUUGGAAAAGACUAUCAUGGUAAUCCCCUUAGGUGAAGAGAAAGAAGGAAAUCAAACAAGGAGAAUGUAAAAAUGGGUAAAAUGGGUAAAGUUGUUGUGACUUUUGACAGGAUAACUCCCAGCAGAAAGACAUGCCCCAGUUUUAGUAUAUUAAUACAACUGGGCAGAAAAGCAGUGUGGCUGCAAAGCAGGAACUGCAGAGUGUCCUAGUCAGAAAGGCUGGAAGGUGAAGGAGGAUCACACUUGUACCAUCAAUGAUGAGCUGGACUACAAGGAAGUAGGAAUGGAUGAGAUCUGUGAGAUUCCAAAGUGAUAGUGUUUGGAGACCUUUUUAUUUGUCAGGCUGGGACUGACACACAGCUGAAUGUCUUUGUAGUCACCAAAUACCUCCACUCCUGAAGCUGUCAUUUGAUACAAUACUUGUCUGGGAAUAGGAAGGCAGUAACACAAGGUGGGAGGGGAAAACAAUAAGCCAGCUAUAGUAGUUUUCACUUAACUAAAGCUGAUUUGGAUCUGUGUUGACUCUUUCAGGGUCUGACUUGUUUUUUCAACUAAUGUUUUAGUUACCUGACAGAAGAAUUAAUAAAGUGUUGAAAAGGUCUUGAA